AUGGAUCGUAGAUAAUGUGAACAGAAACCAUCAGUACUAAGUUAUUCCUCUUUUGAUUCCUAUGUCAUUCAAGAUGAACAUGAUGGAAAUCUUAGUAUUCAUCAAUUAAAAGAAAAACCAUUUUUUAGUUUUUAAGAAGCAAAGGAUUAAAAUGGAGAAACUAACUUAAAUGUUAAUGGUAAAAAUAAUCAGCACAAAUAAAAAUAACCAUAUGAAACAGAUUCACUCUACACUGAAGAGAAAUUAGAAUUGCCCUGUUAACAACUCAGAUAAAUCCCUAAAUUGCAAUAAAAUUUGGUCAACAUAAAGUUAUUGAACUUAUCCUAAAACCAAUUAACAACUGUUCCUCCUUAAAUAAUGCGCAUGACUAAUUUGCAAAAGUUGAUUUUGAGCAGCAAUUAAAUUAAUGUCUUGCCAAUAUUCUUGCAAACCUUAAAAUUCUUAGAAUAUUUAGACAUGCAAGACAAUUUAAUCAAGGUCUUCAAUGUCAAUCCUCCAGAACUUAAAUAUCUAAAUUUAUCAAAUAAUUAUAUAGAGUAACUGUAUUUUCCUAACUUGGAACAUUUAUGCAUCUAGAUGAAUUGUUUUACCUUAAUACCCAAGGGAUUUCAUAAAGUACUUUAUGGGAUGCAAUAUUUUGAAUUCGAUUGGUUUAAGUAUUGCAAACCAGCAUUGCCGAUGAAGAUUAAUUUUGAGAAGUACCAGCAUAUAAAGGAUAAGUUGAUAUCUAUUUUAUAAACUACAAGCCUUAAUUUCGAAAGCUUUGUUAAAUUGUUGAGUCUUUCCGAGCCUAACUUCUCUCAAACCGAUUACAAAUACAGAAAUCUAUUUUUUUAGGCAGGAUCAUCUAAUGAGAUUGGUAUUCUUCAUAGUUUAACUUAAAUUAUACCAGAGCAUAUUAAUAGCUUAGAUUUUGAUCAAAAUACUCCUUUGAGUGCUUGUUACAUUGAAGGUAAAACGAGAUCAGUCAAAGUAUUAAGAAGUCUGGGUGGAAAAUUUGCUCCUUAAACAAUUCAUGCUAUUUGUUAAAGAGUAGAUUUAGCCUUUUUCAAAAUGAUCUUAAAUCUUAAUGAGGAAGACAAUUCGAUAACAUAACAUACUGAUUUGAAUUUAAUUAAUUUUAGAAACAUUGAUGGCAAUACACCUCUACACCAAUUGUUUAUGAAUUAUUCAAAGAGUCCAGAUGCCAAAGAAAUGGCCAAUAUCCUCUUAAUAUUAGAUGCUGAUCCAAAUAGUGAAAACAAUGAAGGUUGGACUCCUUUGGAUUUGGCUGUCAGGAAAGGUUAAAUUAGUGCGAUUUAAUAUGCAAUUGAAUACAAUAAGAGAUUAUAUCAUUUAAGAUCACAUCAGUAAUUAUUUGAUUUCGAGAAAAAAUCUGGUAUAAGCGAAUGGUCUUUGGGUCAUGUCGCUGCUAGUGUUGGUAAUAUUGAUAUUUUAGAAUUGCUCAGUCAGAUUAACAUAGACCUAUUUUAAGUAAGUAGAUGCAAUAGAUUACCAAGACAUUUGGCAAUACAAAGUCUAACUAUGUUAAAGAACAUGAGGAAAUUAGAAAAAAGAUAGAUCAUUAGAAAUGUAUUGCAUGAAACCGUUUCAGUGUCAUAGACAGAAAAAAAUGUAUAUCAAAUGAAAAAUUAAAUUGAAAAAAACAUGAAUAAGAAACAUCUGAACAUUGCUUAAAAACUAAUUGAAAAUGAUGAUGAUAAUUUCGAUCUGGACGACAACUCCUUAAGAAUUGCUAGUGAAAGCUCGAUAAAGGAUAUCGCAAGUGAAUCUGCCCCUAUAUUUUAAAGAUUGGCCAAUAAAGAAAUUACAAGGAUGCAGAUAGAAAAAUAAAAUAUGUCCACUUUAGAUACAACAGACUUUGCAGAUCAUAUGCCUGAAAUAUAAAAACUAUUGAGAAAUCAUAACUAUGAAAUUGCUCUUCAAAAACUUAAAUAUGCUUUAUUGAGUGAUAUGCUCCCCUUGUCCGAAAGAUUAAAAUAUAAAGAUUACUUACAAGUGAUAUAGUUUAAAAUGAAAUAUUCAAAAGUGGAAAUGCAAUAAUACUUAAGAAAUAGUCUGAAUCUAAAUUUAAGUGAAUUUCAAUUUAAAGGAAUUCCUUCAGAUUAAAAAUCCAAAAUUAUCAAAGAGUUAAUUAAUUUAAUUAAAGAUCAAUCAAAAAAUGAGGCCUCCAAAAUUUCAUUUCAUAUUGAAAAAAUGCAACUUGUUUGUCAGAAUCCUUUGCUGCAUUAAGAACUACUAGCAAAAGAUUUAACAACCAUUAAUGAAUUGAGACAACGAUUGAGCAAUAAUCUUAUUUAUGAUAUUGCUAAUUAUGCAGAAUCAAUAUUUUAGUUGAAUGACUAAAUUUAUUAUUGGAUUAACACUAGUUCUGGAAGAUACGAAAAGAUCUUAAUAAAAUCUAACAUUCCAAACAUUAUUAAUUAUGAAUGCUUGUAGAAGAUGAAAUUCAUAAAGAAAAUAAAACCAAGAGAAAAAGAUUAUGAUAAUAUUGAACAAGAUAUGAUCGAACCGGAAUCAUCCAUAUCUUCAUAUCAACAAUUUACUUACAUUAUCACACCAUUUCAAAAUAGCAAACGAUUCUGA